AGAGGCUUUCCUGUUUCUCACGCAGCAUACAGCACACCAACGCAACGACCAUGUCGGAUCGGGUGGACCUGACUGCAGACUCCGAAGACGAUGAGCUCCAGGCUGCAAUCAGAGAGUCACUAUCCAGUCACUCAGGCAGCAGUGGUGCAACCUCCGCUGCUGGCAAUAGUUUAAAUUCAGACGGCGGCAUGUCCCGGUCGAAAAGGCCAGCGUCGGAGCAUAGCGACAACGAGACACCAUCACAGCGCAAUGGCAAGCGCCCGCGAAGCUUCCAGCCCUUCGAAAAACCACCGCUGUAUCGUCUGCUUUCUACCUCUCCGAGUGAUCGGGCGAGCACCGGCAGUGUAGGCCUGGAUGAUUUGCUCAGCGGCGACUUCGAAAGUGCCCUCCUUUGCAACUACAUGGUCGACUACGCGCUGUUGGUCCGAUCCGCGCCGAGACUUGGGAGUGUGCCGGUUACUAUCGUGCACGGUUUCAAGCCCGGGACGCAAGAUGAGAUAAAUCUUCGCAGCCAGUGCGCCGUCAACCCCGGCGUCAAGCUGCGCUACCCGGAGCUCCCAGAGUACGGCACCAACCACGCGAAGAUGAUCAUCCUCAAGUUCUCGACGGGGAUCCGUGUGGUUGUGCUGACCGCGAAUUUCAUUGUGGUGGACGUCACCGACAAGAGCCAGGGCGUGUGGUACCAGGACUUUCCGAAAAGGACGUCGGGAUCAUGCGCGUUCCAGGAGGACUUGAUGGACUUUCUGUUCAAGGUCGGAGGGCCCGCGUCCGCGUUUGCAAGCACUCUGGGCGAGUACGAUUUCCGGGCUGCGAGGGUGGCACUGGUGCCUAGCGUGCCCGGUACCGGCGGGAACACUCCCGGCACCGGCGGGAAGCCUCACAAGGGGAAGGACCUACACAAGUACGGCCACAUGCGGGUGCGGGCUUUGCUCUCUCGGGAGAAGGAGGACGGCACCGGGGCGAAGCUGAAGGAGGGCGGCCACAAGGUCCUCUGCCAGAUCUCGUCCUUGGCCUCUCUCACCAAAACGCCGAACCGAUGGCUAUCGGAAAUUCUGACGUCGUUCAUGCCACUGGAGGAUGAGGGCAAGAAGGCAGAACCAACUAGACGGUCCAUUUCUGAAGACGAGGCUCAGGCAGCCCUACUCGAGCAGCACUUGCGAGUGGUCUGGCCAAGUGUGGAGGCCGUUCGCACCUCAUCGCAAGGUUGGAUAGCGGGAGGAUCCAUCUGCUGCAACACCGUCAACAUGUACGGGGGCAAGUACAAGUGGCCCAACAUGAACAACUACAGGUCCAACACGCCGUUGCCCGAGCUCCGUCCGCUGCUGCGCAAGUGGAUGGGAAAUCCUGCGGUCAACCGCACCAGAGACGCUCCGCACAUCAAGUCCUACCUGCGGUACCGGGAAGUCGCUGGGGAGAACGGGGCAGAGACACGGGUGGACGGGGACGAAGUGGCGUGGUUCUUGCUCACCAGCAGCAACCUCAGCCGAUCGGCGUGGGGUUACCUCAACAAGGCGUCGACAGUCCUUACCGUCAGAUCUUUCGAGAUGGGGGUUAUGUUUCUCCCAAGUCUGUUGCGGGGCCCCUCGCAAGAUGCCGACGAUGGCAACGAUGCCGCCAACGCCUCGGGCUUCACAUGCACGCCAGGAGAGAUGGGGCUCACGCAACGGUUCCCGCUGAGCCUUGGGUACGACUGCGAAGCCGGCAAGGGACUUCCGCUUUCGCGGCUGCCUCUGCCGUACGUAUUGCCGGCCCCACGGUACGACUUCGACAAAAGCCAAGACGCUAACGAGCGUCCUUGGGUGUGGGACCAGGACCAAAGCCCGUCUUCUCUGGACCGCAACGGGGAGGCGUGGCAGGCCAUUCCUCUUUUUUGAGACAUUUUUGAGAUGAUACUGCUGACUGUAGCCUUUGACCGAAGAACAGACGUUUGGAGGACCCAACUUUGCUCAAAACAAGUUCUGCCUGUCUGCAUGGGCGUGUUGUCUAGUGGUGUCAGCGGUGCAGUGCUGGAUGUUUUCAGGGUUGUCGGGGGGCAAUAAAAUAGACUAAACCAUAUCAGUUCACGUCGAUAUGCCGCAUUAGACUUUUCUCAUUUCUGCAGGAGCUCCGCCGCACGGAACGAACGGCCUGCCGGCGGGUGGGUCGUUCUUGUUCUUGCUUUCUUUCGAAGCACACAUUCGAAGCGACGGAGCCGUCUGUCCAGCGCGUGAGUACCGUUGUGACACAUGAGGCGAAGCCCCUCUAAUCUAGGCACUGUAGACAGAUCGAGUACGGACGUCUCGUCAUUGCAGUGGUCAGUGCCAGACACAAGGAAGAGAAGCUUUUGUUGGGUAGGG